UGUCUUCUUAGAAUUCGCACAAUGGCACUCACACCAGAGCAAAUCAAGCAGUUCAACGAGGACGGCUAUCUGAUUCUGCCCGACUUUUACACGCACGCAGAGUGCGACGUGCUGCGCGAACGCAUCCAAAAGCUCAUCCACGAGCAGCUCGACCUGUCAAACCACCCGCGGACCAUCUUCUCAACGUCGACGCAGACAAACGACAACUACUUUCUCAACAGCGGAGACAAGAUUGCGUACUUUUUCGAGGAGCAGGCGUUCGACGCAGCGGGCAAUCUCGCCGUCCCGGUCGACAAGUCGCUGAACAAGAUUGGCCAUGCGCUGCACGAGCUCGAUCCGGACUUUAAAAAGUUCACCACCACCAACAAGGUCAAGGAGCUGACGCGCUCGGUUGGAUUCAAGCGACCUGUCGUUGCACAAUCCAUGUACAUUUUCAAGCAGGCAGGGAUUGGAGGUGAAGUUGUGCCCCACCAAGACAGCACGUUCCUGCACACGUCGCCGUGCACCAUCAUGGGCUUCUGGGUUGCGCUCGAGAACUGUGACCUGGAUAACGGCUGCCUGUGGUUUGUCCCCGGCUCGCAAAAGGACGGAUUGCACCGACGCUUUGUGCGCGAUGCUUCUGGCACUGGCACGCUGUUUACUGCCCCCGCUGUCAUGUACCCUGAUGACAAGUUUAUUCCCGGCAUCGUCCAGAAAGGUGGCCUGGUGCUCAUUCACGGUGAAAUCAUCCAUCGUAGCGGCCCAAACAAUACAUCUCGCUCUCGUAACAUCUACACCUGGCAUGUGAUGGAGACCGAGAACGUGGCGUACAGCCAGGACAACUGGCUUCAACCCGAGCCCAAAAUGACGCUCUAUGACGCGUAACGAGACACGUUGGUCUGCAAGAGAACAAAACAGAAAAAAAAAAAAAAACACGACAAGACUUUGGCCGUUUUGUACUCGACGAUAGACCACGAUAGACCACGAUUUUGAUCGCAUGUUUAUUGCACUAAUCUGAACGACGCUACGAAUACCCACAAUGCAUCAAAAUGCUCACGACUCGUCCUCCUCAACCUCAGUGUCAAAAUCUC